CGAAAGCAUUUGCUCAAGAUGUUAAUACUUCAAUUCUAAUGGGUGCACGACAUUCGAAAAUCGAUGACCUAAAAUUGCCAGAGAAUCAAGUCCUUCCACCAAUGAAAUGUGACAUAACCUCUCAAGAUGAAGUCUUAAAAACAUGUGGGGGAGCUAAUAUAAUUGUAAAUUUAGUUGCAAUAAUGUAUGAAAACCCUCCAAAAUAUACUUUUGAAAACGUGCAGCAUUUAGGUGCAAGAAAUGUUGCGGUAGCUGCCAAGCAAAAUGAUGCACAAUUGAUUCAUAUUAGUGCUAUUGGUGCAGAUCCUAAGAGCGAGGUUCCUUACGCUAGAACUAAAGGAUUGGCUGAGGUUGCAAUAUGCGAAAUAUAUCUGAUAGCAACUAUUAUAAGACCAAGCAUUGUUUUUGGACCCGAAGAUGAUUUCUUUAAUAGGUUCUCAAAAUUAGCUAGAUUAUUACCAUUCGUGCCAGUUUUCGGUGGUGGAUCUACAAAAUUUCAACCUGUAUAUAUAGGGGAUUUGGCAAUGGCUGCUGCUAAAGCAAACAAUCAAUCUCUUAAGUUUCAAGGAAAAGUUUUUGAAAUUGGUGGCCCAAAAGGUAAUAAGAAGUUAAAUUGA